CGAUCAUUCAACUCAUCACAAUCAUCAAUCAUGGCGCCCGAAAAGAAUGGAAGAGUUGUCUUCAUCGGCAACAUCCCUUACGGUGUUAGCGAGGAACAGAUCAUCGACACAUUUGGAAGAGUCGGCUCGGUGAACAACUUCAGACUAGUACACGACAAGGAGACUGGUAGACCAAAGGGCUUCGGUUUCUUGGAGUUCGCAGACCCAGAUGCCGCAGCUUCGGCGGUGCGCAACCUGAACGACCACGAAAUCAUGGGCCGCAAGUUGCGCGUCGACUGGUCCAACGACAACAGCGGCGGUGGCGGUGGGAACAACAACUCAAACGACAACAGCAACAACAACAACAGUAUGCAAUCGCAUGCCAACGACAGCGCAAACCAACAACCUCCCAUGCUCCCUCCUCUUCCUCCGGGCACCGACUUGCCCGCUGGCUUGACAUGCCCCGACGCCAUCUCAAAGACACUGAGCGCGAUCCCUGCCCCUCAACUGCUCGACAUCAUCUCCCAAAUGAAGGGUCUCGUCAUGUCGGACCCAAACCAAGCAACUGAGCUCUUGCGCCAAGCUCCCCAACUCGCAUAUGCCAUCUUCCAGGCACUUCUCCUCUUGGGCCUUGUCGACACAAGCAUGCUCAGCAGCAUCGUUCAGGCCUCUGCUCCUCAGAACCCACAGUUCCCUGCCGGAGCACCUGUUCCUCCUCCACCAAUGCCCCAGCCUCCUCAAGCCGCCUAUGCACCCACUCCUCAACCCGGCUAUCCUGGAUACCCUCCCCAACACUACCAGCAGCCUACACCACCCGUGCAACAGCCUGCUUUUGCGCCACCUCCUCCGCCCCAGCAGGCCGCUGCAGCCAGUCAGCAGGACCUCAUCGCCCAAGUCCUUUCUAUGACCAUCGAUCAGAUCAACCAACUCGACCCUGUAUCACGCCAGCAGAUUAUCGCCCUGCGUGCUCAGCUCGGUGCGCCGGUCGCUUGAACAGCUCGAUUGGCUCCGACUUCCGAACAAUAUUCCGCUGGUCAUGAAAUUAACCAUUGACGAAUGUCGUUGAAUCAUUCUCUCUAAGAUACCCAGCUACAGUGCAACUGCUAGCCCAUGACACCACUUCCAGAGUGUUAUUUGGUUCGCUCGACAAAAGAGCGUGCGCGCUUUGUGCGACUGACAUGCGUUGCAAUUGGCUCAGUCGCGGCAACCACAUAGAAUUUGGCCACGAGAUCGUAGAGCCAUCUGAAAAGGCCGCGAGGAACAUGAAAACAUGCUCGCCGCACUAGUGGUGAUUUGCCCACAUUUGAUAGAUACCAUCAAGAACAAGACCAAGAACCAAGAGAGCUAAUUAGCUUCAUAUACAAAGACGUAUUCCUCCAAUUUGCGACACUGAACGAAAC